AUGGAAGGGUCAACUGCUGGGGGAACACCAAGGGUGUUUAACACACCUCCCCCUGGGCCUGAGAGGGCUCUACAUCCCCACUAUUGGGUGGGCGCACAUCUCUCAAUGAGGGCAGCAUCGGUGACUCCCGUGUGGGGCGGCGUUCUCGUCCGCCACCCAUGGAGGCUCAUCUCUACGCCGACCACCACCGCCACCACCACCGCCGCCGCGAGCGCCGCCGCCGCCGCUGCCGAGGUACCUUCCUCCGCCCCCUCCCCAUCUUCCUCCUCCUACUCCUUACCAUCCUGGCUUCCACGAAGACCCCAACGUUUAUACCCCGCACCACCGCCACCACCACCACCUCCACCACCUCCACGACGAUCACCACAAGAGCCACCAGCUGCUGCUCCCCCCACAAACGCCGCCGCCGCCGCCGCCACCGCCGCUGCAGCCGCAUCCGCCGUCGCAGUCCUAUCGCCCUCCGCUCCUCCUCCUCCUCAAACCCUACCUCCCCCGCCGGUGCAAUCUUUUCAGAGCAUCGAUCGGAUCGACGACGAUCGCCAUCGCCGACCGGUUUGUCACCACAACGACAAUCGCCUCGGCGGUGUCUGCCACCCGAAAUUGGCGCUUGUGGCCGAUAAUCACGUUCCGCGUCCGUACGUACAACUUGAUUUGGGUCGGGACUCUCGUUACCACGUCAAGCGCGAUGCGGAUGCGAUUUCUAGAUUUAGGGACGACGGUGUGGAUGGGUUUGAAUCCCGUCGGCAAGAUGAUUUCUCGCGGGCGCGGUCUGUCCUUUAUGAUGACUCUUUCAGGAGCUCUUUAUCAAGUUCUUCUAAAAUUCAUGGCCUGAUUGAGGAUAGUGAACUGUUGAGUGAAAAACGCAGGAGGUAUAGUCAUAGGCAGGUUCCAUCUUUAGGUUUUCAUGACUUAGUUUUUGAGACUAGGGAUCGUGAGAUUAAUGUUGUGGAUGGUAUGCCAUUUGUUUCUAGAGAAUCACAGGUUCAUGAGUCUGAUUGGGGAAGAUAUAGCAGUAGUACUAGAAGAAGUAGGGUAGGUAGCAAUGAAUAUAAUGUCACGCCAAGGAGACAGGUGCAGAAAAAGAGUGCUUUUCUGAGGCUUCAAGAGCCGAGAGUUGAUCGAAGGAUUCGGGACGAUGAGAGGUUGCACAAUUUUAUUCAUCGUGAUGAGAACGGUUCUGGUUCCUUGAGAGGCAAAGGGCCGCUUGUGUUUCCUGAUCAUGGUAUGAAAGAAAAGAGAGAAGGAAGAUCAGUGGAGCUCGAUGUUUCUUUCAAAUCCAAUUCUUUGGUAGCCAAAGCAGUCGUUGCACCUACAAGUUCAUCGACCGUUCCAGGCAAAGAAUCGACUCCAAGGACUAAGAGGUUGAAGAGUUCUGCUGCAUCAAAUGGGGGUUUUACCAAUACACUCAUCAACAAACCUGACAAGAGCAUGGUGAAUCCGACCAGACCUCCCGAGAUUGCCAGUUGUACUUUGACGGAUUCAAAACCAUCAAAAGAGAGAGUUGUUGCAGCAUCUAAUACAGGGAGUAAGAUUAACAAUCAACCCUUUUCCAAGGGAACCUCUAGCUCAGUUGGUAAGAGUAAGGUGUAUCAGUCUUUCUGCCCUCCAGUUUUAGAUCAAGAUGGUCGUCUUCCCUUUCGAUCUGGAAUUAUGGCAGAUUCUGAUGGAAAAGUUAAUGAGACACAUUCUAAGAUGCAUAUAGAUUCACAUAAAGUUGGUACGAGCAUGAGUGAUGGCAAGGAAAUUUCUUUGGAGACUGGUAUAGCUUCUGGAUCUGAUAGUGGUAACAUUCGAGGCAUAGAAAGCAAUAACAUUCUUGCCAAUAAGUCACCUACUGUAAAGAUUGAAAAGAAGAAAAAGGUCAUGAAGAAAGCAGUUAAGAGAGUGAGAGUAGUGAAAAAAAAUAAACCUCAUUCAGAGAUGAUGACUUCGAAGCAUCUGCAUGGAAAUGAUGAUCAUAUAAGAAUAGAUAGUUCUGGUGUGACAGGGUUUGACAAGGGUGCAAAUCCUUCAAAAGAGGAUACUACUUGUACUGCAAUUCAAAUGUUCCAUAAUGUAGGAGCAAAUGAUGCUUCCAAUGGAGUGUCUGAUCUGCUCCAGUCAAAUGAUGUGAAAGGAACAUUGCAAGGUUUUCCAUUGCAGGAAUGUGGUAGUGACCCUGAUAUUUUGGAAACACCUCUACCUCAAGAUGUUGGAGAGAAUUGUGGUGCAUCUCGUCCUAUCCAUUCUGCCGUGGUUGAAGAUAAAAAGGCAUGUCAUACCAAUUCUGACAGUUCUUUGGGGUGCCUGCAUACCAAUUCAAGAUUCUUUGAGAAUCUUCCUGCAUCGCCAUUUAAAAGUACUUUUGAGACUGGUAUAGAGAAGUUAAGUUUGAUGCAAGAGAAUGAUGUGGGCAGACUAUCUUAUAUGCCGGGCCGUGACAUUCCUGAUUCCUCAACUUUGGAGGACAUGAACAUUCAUGGGGUUUCUACAGGUAAAACUGUCCCUUUUGGGAGGAAAAUUCCUGUCUCAAGUUCUGAUAAAGUCCUAGUUAGAUCUCAAGAUCCAAGUGCUGCUUCAGGUCUGAGAGUUCUUGAUGGUUCUUACAGUAACUCUUAUCUUAAUCAAGUUAGUGCAUUGGAUAUGCGAAAAGCUGGAGGCUAUUCUUCAAAAUUUUCAGGAAGCAGUACUGGCUGCAAUGCUUACACUUCUGCUAAUUUAGAUGAAAACAUGACCUUUAAGGAUAGCACCAUUCUUCAUGAUUUGAGGCAAUCAUCUUCAGUAGAUCUCCCUGCAUCACUCAAGAUUCAUGAUAGUAAAGGGAAUUUAUCAAUAGCUGCGUCUCCCAUUAAAGUAAAAGAACUUACCACAUAUGUUAUAGACAGUAGACAAGAUGGGGUCUCUAAACUAGAUAUGCUGAGUUCAAACACAGCAGGAACCUGUAGGGAGACUGUAAAUAUUUCAUGCUGCAGCUCUUCAGAUGCUUUAGACACCUGCAAAAAUAUGCCUGUUGAGGAUUUUGGACUCCAAAUAGCUACAGCUUCUUGUGUUAGAUGUGUGGACUCUGGCUUACCCUCUGGUUCACGUAGGCAUGACGUUUCACAUGGAAAUAAAUCAAUAGAUGAACUUUCUGAUGCAAAGGAUUUAAAUAAGAAGGGGAUUGAUGCUGAUGAAUAUGAAAAUCCAUCUACUUGUAAAAAGAGAGGAACUACUCCUUCUCAUCCUGUUUUCUCUAAUUUGGGAAUGUACCAGAGCAAUGAUGCGGGUCUGCUGGCUGAUAGCCAUGCAUCUUGCUCAGAGAUGCAAUUAACUGCUUGUGACAGUUUCAAAAAAUCUGGCAUAGAGGCUGCAACACCUCCUAUGAAUACUCCGCAUGAUUCUAAUUCAUCACCAAGCUGGAAAGCAAAGGAUGUUUCUUUGAUGAAAUCUGCGGAUGCUGUCAGUUCUGCUGCAAAUAGGUCCUUUGAUGACACACUCCAACUUCGGCGCUCAGGUUUUGAUUCUGGAUUGCUAGGUGUCAGGGCAUCAAGCAUCCGAAACAAAUAUUCAGUCAGUCAGUUGAUAAUGGAGGAAAACCAGAAAGAUAGCUUUCCAGUUAAGGCCACAAGUGAUCAUCCUGAUGGGGUUCUCAAUAUAGAAAAGAAUAAGGGAAAGAAAGUGGGUUUACAUUCUGUAGAAGCACAAGUGAUGGGGGCUGGUGAGACGGCUGACUGCAGAUCUUUAGGAACCCAUGUAUUGACUCGGGAAUCAGGAUCAUCCAGUGUGGUUAGGAAAACUGAUAGUGACAUUCAUGAAUUGGAAGAAUCACCGUCCGUGUCAACUUACGUGCCAUCGUCUGCUGAUGGUGAUGGAAUCUACAAUUCUAACUCCAAUGAUGAAGGGGUAGAUUCUGUGCUUCAUCCAAUAUCUGAUAUGAGUUCUCCAGAAAAUAUAUCUAAUUACUUAAUAAGGCAGAUUCCCAGGUGGAAAUUAUCUAUAGACGAAAUUCCUCCUGGAAGGUUAGGUGGUAAGGAUGCUCAAGAAAAAGAGAACGUCAUGGUUGGUGGAGGUUCAGAGAUAUCUGUCCUUACUCUGUCUGCGCAUAGUACCAAAGUUGAUCGGAUAUCAGAUCAUGGAAUGGAAAUUGAUUGCAUUAGCCCUGAGAAGGAUGUAAUAUUGUCAUCAGAAGCUUUGAAAAAGACUGAAUACAGUCUGAAGAAACCAGAACCAUAUGGUAUGCGGAAUCAACCAAAUCGUGUUAUGCAGAGGUCAUUCCCAGCUCGUUCGUCCUUUGGUUCCAAGACUUCAAAGGUGAUCUCUGCUAAUGGUGCCACAAAAUCAAAUACAUGGCAUCGACCUAGCAAUUCAUCAGUUUCUCUCUCAGGAAAGAAGCCGGUUUCUAGCAUUCUAGCUGGCAAAAGGCAGUUGACAGUAGAUGCUGGGGAACUUUAUAUCCGAAAAGGUAACAGUCUGGUCAGAAAAUCAGGUGUAGAUACUUGCCAAUCCCAGAUCCAUCAUGUCACAAGCUCAGCAGCACACAGAAUAAAUUCAUCAGGUGAAGAUGACUUAAAGAGGAGCAUAGGAACUGGAAAAAUCAAUAAUCUUAAUCACAAUGUAGAUCUGUUAAAAACGGGAGGAAUGAGUGCUCCUCUUGAGAAGGCAAAUACAUCCCUAUUUCCAAGUGUUCAUAAUCUGCCCAAUCACACUGCCAUGUCUUCAGACAGCUGCACGAUUUUAAACUCAGCUGGACCUUCACUUGAUGGUUACUUUGGUAAUAGAUUAGAUUCUGUGGAUUGUACAUCAAGCAGUGAUCAACUAAACACCAGCAAGGAUGCAUUGAAGAUUUCCGAAACUCGUGAAGACCAACUUUGUUCAGCAAAUAAGUUGGAAGGUAUGAAAGAACUGCCCAAUGAAAGUUUGACGGCAUCUGCUUUGAAGAGGAUAACAUAUGUGAAGCGCAAAUCAAAUCAGUUGGUCGCAACAACAAAAUCAUCUGAUCUGCCCUCCCAGAUUGUUCAUAAGACCCAAGUCUUAUCCUCUGAUGGCUACUUCAAACGGAAUAAAAAUCAGCUUAUAAGGACUUCAAUUGGCAAUUUAAUGAAGCAGAUGUCUGCCCUGCCUGAACACAGUCGAAAUUCAGAAGAUCAGGGGACUCCGGCAGUUUCAUGUGGAAGAAUCCUUAACAGGGGGCUAUCUUCUAAAGUGUGGACUCUGUGGGGUUCAAAGCUUUCAAAAAGUUACAGACAUCCAUUGCAUCAUCAAAAAUGUUACCAAAAGGUCCUUCCUCAGCUGUUCCCUUGGAAAAGAGCAACAUACUGGCGUAGAUACAUGCAGACAACUUGCGGUCUGGCUGAUAAAUCUUCAUCUGCAAUCAGAAGAUUAAUGCUGGUGAGGAAGAGGGAUACUGUCUAUGUUAGGUCAGCUCAUGGUUUAUCACUUAGAAAAUCUAAGGUGCUUAGUGUUGGUGGGACAAGUUUAAAGUGGUCGAAGUCCAUUGAAAGGCAAUCAAAGAAAGCUAAUGAGGAUGCAACACGAGCUGUUGUUGCGGCUGAGAGGGAGAAAAAAGAACAGAAUGGUAGUUUCCCGGUGUCCACCAGAACGAAAAGCAAAUUUCGUUCAUCACGAGCAGGAGAGCGCAUAUUCCGGAUUGGUUCUUUUCGAUACAAAAUGGAUGCUUCAAGGAGGACACUACAGAGAAUUUCAGAUGAUGAAUCGGCUUACUCUUCUGUUUCCCAAGCAAAAGAUGAUACUAGGAAAUCAUAUGUUCCGCGGAGAUUAGUGAUUGGCAAUGAUGAGUAUGUAAGGAUUGGAAAUGGGAAUCAGCUAAUUCGAGAUCCAAAGAAACGAACUCGGCUUUUAGCAAGUGAGAAAGUGCGGUGGAGUUUGCAUACUGCCAGAUUGCGGUUGACUAAAAGACGAAAAUACUGUCAGUUUUUCACAAGAUUCGGGAAAUGCAACAAGGAUGAUGGAAAAUGUCCCUAUAUUCAUGAUCCCUCCAAAAUCGCAGUCUGCACAAAAUUUAUAAACGGGUCAUGUUCAAAUAAGGAUUGCAAGUUGACUCAUGAGAUCAUUCCUGAAAGAAUGCCAGAUUGUUCUUAUUUUCUGCAAGGUUUGUGCACAAACAAAAGUUGUCCUUAUAGGCAUGUGAAUGUCAAUCAGAAUUACCCUACAUGUGAAGCUUUUCUUAGGGGCUAUUGUCCUGACGGGAAUGAGUGUCGGAACAAGCACAGCUACAUAUGCCCAACCUUUGAAGCAACUGGUAGAUGUCAGCAAGGAUCCAAAUGCAAGCUUCACCACCCGAAAGGACGUAGUAAGGGAAAGAAAAGAAAACGAUCAGGUGAAAAGAGCAGUUUAGGUCGUUACUUUGGGUCCAUGACAAUGAGAUUGUCUAAGCAAGGAACAGCAGCUCCUGAAAGGGUCCGUGUGGAAGAUGUUGAUGACAAUUCUGUCUUUUCUGAUUAUAUCAGUAUUGAUGUUAGUGAUGACGAAGCGAGAGAAAGUGAUGACCCCAUGAUAUAUGAUGAAAUUGAUCCUUUGGAUGUACGGUUGGAUAAUCUGGAUGAGCUAAUUAAGCCAUUACGCAUUAUGGACAAGAUGCCGACAAUGUAAUCCCUUUCCUCCAGACUGAGUAGCUCUCUAAUCCUGGAUCAAGUGUUUGAGCAAGUUUACUCAUCUUCCUGACUUCUCACUUUGAGCAAUAUCCAUGGUGGCGGGGAAUGAUUUUUCAGACAAUUUCUUGCUCGUGGUGAGACUUCUAUGCUGAUCCGGGAAUUUCAUCUUUGAGUGAGCACAGAUCUGAUGAUUAAGCAGAGGAUGACUUUUACUCGUCUUCUCCUCCUAGGAUUUGAAGCUUUUGUUUUCUUCCUUUUGCCCCAUUUCCCUUCCUAUAGAAAUUUUCUGAUUGCUUCUGGGAAUAUAUGGUAAGUGUACAUGUGUGUAUACAAGAAAAUAAUAUUAUGUUAACAGAACAGUGAAAUUGUUGUAGCAAGUGGCCCAUUUUUGGUGCCUAGUGAUAUAGAAGUUGGCGAAUUUGUUUUA